CGCUAUCCCUUUAAAAGAGACGCGCUGAAAAUGGGCAAAGCAUUGUUUUUUGACAAACAGGUGCAGUCCAUAAUAUAGAUGUCAUCUUCGUCUAAGGUCAUUUCUGUUUAGUGGGAAACCGCUGUAUGUGAAUUAAACUAUACUAAUAUUUUGUCAUCGAAGUAAAGUCCAGAUCAAAUCCGUCAAUUGUAGAACUGCGUUCAUUCUGUGUCGCAUCACUCUUUCCUUGACAUCGAAGUUGCAGUAUUGUUUGACUCUUGAGAAAUUUGGAGACCACCAUGAUCCUCCUAACUCCCACAUCUGUGACAACAUGAUCACACGGGAAGUUGGCAUGCUGUUUCCGAAAGUUCCAGUACCCUAGGAUCGACAUUCUUCCGACUCACUGACAAGCGUCAUCUCCCAUCAGAUAUUUUUGCAUCGGCUCCAGCGUGUUCACCUUCUCUUGUGGUGCGGCCAGAAGUGUGUUGCAUCAGCACCGUGGGAGCCCCGGGUUUGUAGCCCGCAUCGAAACCAGGAAGUAAUUGCAUUCGCAUAAUCAGUGACUAGCAUGAUUCAGAGGUUGCAUUUUUCCCCCUUACAUUACAAUUUUACUCCAUUGAUGGUUGUUUAGAUUUAGGGUUUGGGUUGGGGGGGGGGGGUUCAGUUUAUAAACAAUGCAUUCCUCUUCACUGUAUUACAUUCUAUACAGCUGAAAACAACUCUCUUUUGGCACCCCUCCGUGGACAUUUCACCAGGAAAAUGGAGUUCACAUGUGGCCAUACGCCUAACAACACUUACCGCUUUGGCCACUGGGGGCAGUGUUUCGAAUUUCGGUAAGAACAGACCGAUUUUAGCUAAAGAAAAGUCAACCUACUGUUUCCAAUUUCACUGUAAAAGUCAGUCUGGCAGUGAUUAUGGGGCCAAGUUUAUAGGUAUACAUAACUCUUUCUUCAUGUACAAUCCCCUAUAGUUUCCUUGCGUUAUUUUCCUGCUUUAAGGGUUCAGUGGUGAUGCCUCUUGGGUUGUCCUCUGUGAGCUUCGAACCUUCAACCCUUCAGUGUGCAGCUCAGACUUUUAUGUUUACAAAAAAAUCCUGUUUCCAAGAGCAUACAAAGGCAUAACCUACUGCUGCUGCUGUUACAGGUUUUGAAUUCAUGAUACCAAUUUGAUCACUUGUCAGGCAUGCUCUGAAGAUAAUCUGACUCAGUUUUGGUGAAGAAAUUUGUAGAAUUAUUCCUGAAAUGACAUCUAUCAGUUUUGCAGUAGUAUACUCUUUUCCUUACAUUGAGACCCACUGUCCAUCACAAUGGACAUCAAAUAAUAAUAAUAAAAAAUCCUGUGUAAUAAUGUAACUGUUUAAAAUGAUAUUAUGACUUGUCUUACUAAUGUCACAUCUCAACUUUUCUUUAAAACUGUCAAAGUAUUAUUUAUGUAGUUUUAAGAUAUAAAUAUAAUCGAUUGAAUUAUGCUUUUUUUUUUUUUUUUGUCUUGUGUCUCAUGGCACCAUGCUUCAUUUUAAAGGAAGAUUUUCUGUGCAAAAAGUAACAAUUUGUGAUAUGAAACUCACAGUUUGAAUUAGCAGCAUCUAAUCUAAUAAUUCUUUGUCGUUUGGGUGUCACCAAAUGACAAAAAUGUUUAAAAAACACUGGAGAAAAGUGAUGUCCAUUGGAAUAGACGCAGGGUCUGAAUAGGUUAAAUAAGGUAAGUUAUUUACUCUUGCAAUAUUCAGCUUUUCACAACACUGAGUAAUAUUUGCAUUCACCUAAUUCAAGUGAACAUAUGCUAGUAGACACCCAUCUAUAUAAAUGCAGAGAGAAGUCUGAUGUUGUGUAUUUGGGACUGGAACAUUCUUUGGUCCUGAUUGGUACAGGUUAAAGGCCAACAUGUCAUGUUUUAUUGUCCUCAUGUACUGGAGCUCCUGCAAUAAAGCCAAUUAAAUUCAAGCAUCAGCAAUAAUAAUUAUACAGUAAACAUACCGUGAGGCUUUUAUGUAAAGCCAAAUAUGUUAUACACCAGAAACACACAAGUCCUCUCUUUUUUUUAUUUCACUAUGUAUUAGCAAACAUAUACAGUACUACAUGUUAAUUUGGCAGCCCUAAUGACAAUUAAUCAUCAUAAUCACGAGAGCCCUAAAACAGACAGAUAAUCAUCAUUAUCACAAUUAUUUUUUGACAAUUAAUCAUCAGCCAAAUUUCAUAAUAUUGUCAGCCCUAAUAGUACUUGUUAAAUUGCAUCAAAAGUAAAAUUUUGCGAUCAUGUGAGACAAUUUUUUGUAUGCUGGGAAUGUUUUAAUUUUGUUUGAUUUUUGUUUAAGCACCAAUGUAAUUCAAUUAAUAUUAAAAUACUUGCUAUCGUAUUAUUAAGCUACUUGCUACUGGACCUACUAUCGUAUAUUGUUUUGUAAUCAAAUUAUGCAAUGUUUUGAUAACUCUUACAGUCUUUAUAGAAGACAUGUAAAGAUGGUAGGUCAAUAACAUUAUGGUCUAAUUGCCUCUGAAUCAAAGUACAAACGUUAACUUAGCUUUGUGGUAAAUUCUGUGUAUUGGCAUGUGCUGUAUCUCAUUGACUGUUUUCUUUCAGAUGAAGAGUCGCUUGAAAUCGACUGGCUUUGGAAUCACAGCAAGUUCAGCAUUUUUCCAGGACGCUAACAAACUGCUCCUAACCGAACACGCUAAUUGGUUGCAUCUGAAGGAGUUUGCCCGUAAAAAUGCUGCCAAUGCCCUUUCUGUUGCGAACAUGGUCAUGGGCAUGGCCUCAAUCCUCUGCAGUCUCAGCGGCCAUCACCAUGCCGCAUGCUGGCUGGUUUUGAUCGGUUACUUGUUGGAUUUGGCAGACGGAGCAGUUGCUAGGCAACUGAAUGCAUGCUCUGCACUGGGUGCAAAGUUGGAUGAUUUUGCUGAUUUUACAACAUUUGGAAUCGCAACAUCCCUACUCUUAAGGACACCCAGUCUGCUGGAUAAUAUCCUGUGCAUGUCCUACGUGAUGUCGGUCUUUGUUCGCCUCUGCUUCUUCUCUAGUGGAAUCCCCUUCAUGUACCGUGGCCUCCCAUGCAUCUACUCCUCUGCCAUCCUAGCCUGUGUCUCUCUGCUGACUGGAGGGAAUAUGGCAGUACUGAGAAUUAUAGCACUGGCCAUGAUUCUUUUUAUGGUCAGCCAGAACUUUUAUCCACAUGACAGAAUACUGGAGUCUCAGGCCUGGAAGAAGGUGGUCUACAUUGGAGGAAUUGCCAUGGUGUUUUGCUCUUCCUUCCCUCCAGCAUGUGUGUACUACUUGUUAUGGUCUGUUUCCUACAUAUUGUUUCCAACAGCUCUGUGGAGCUGCAAAGUGUAAAAGUGUAAUGGCCUUAAAGGCCUUGUCCUAAAGGCUAACUCUUCAUGUUUGAAGAAGGUCUGUGCAGCUUGUUGGAAUCCCCUGCUGCUUCUUGAAAACCAAUUUGGAAACUCUGAAAACAUUUUUUUACCAUUUUUAAUUUGAGGUGAUGAACAUAAAACUGAUUAAAUCUACCUUAUCUGAAUAGCUGCUUUUGUUUCAUCGCUAUGGAUGAGAAAUGCUCUUUGCCUCGGCAUUACACAUCUUGUCAUGUGUUUAAAUGAUCGGAGCAUCAAAUGUUAUUACACAGUACACAUAGGUGUACUGAAUGUAGAAAAACUGAAGAGGCAAGAAGCAGGGUAGAGGGUGUCAAAUUUGCUGUGGAAUUUAUAUUUGUAGAAUUGCUGCUGUUAUUGUUGAAGAGGUAGAUCAGAACAAGUUUUUCAUGUGUAUCAAAGGUAUCAACUGAUUUUUUUUCCAUUUGGUUUAUAACUUGUAAAAAGCAAAUUCUUCUAAAACAGUUGAAUAUAGGAAUAAUCAGUGUGGGAAUAUUCAAAACUCAGCUUUCAAUCAUGAAACACAUUUCUGCUUUAUUGAUUUAUUCUGAUAAUAUUACAUUGUCCUUGAAAUGAAAUUGUGAUACUUUUUUGAAGGAACAUCUAACUACUCUAAAGGGAAUUGUAUCCUCCUGAUCUGUGUAAUUAGGCUGCAUAUAAAAACUGCAAUUAUCAUUUACUUAUCUAGUGCCUGGUUCAUAUGUGACUUUGAUAAAUACUGUACUGUAUGUCCCAUAUUGUAUUAGGUAGGCCUUCAAAGCAAAUGCCAGGCAACAGUGUCAAGAAUAGUUUAAUUUGCAGUUUAAUUUGACAAAUGAAUUUAGCAUCCCACCAAAGCAUUUUGCUGGAGUAUGUCUGUGCAUGUUGGUCUCUGUUUUAAGGGGCCCUGCUUCCUCACUCACAGUUAUCUUGGAGUUAUUGCUUAUGUUUAGCGAGUGAUCUUCCAUUAGAUUUGCUUUGUACUGUGUACAGGUUCAAUGGGAGAUUGGUACCCUGCAAAAUAACAGUAUUAAGGCAUUAUUUUGUGUUCUGUGCACCACUUGUGGUUACCUUUUAUUAAAAUUUAGUGGUGGUAAAAAUAAAA